AUGGUCAAUGCCAAGAGCUUCAUUGCCGCUUUGGCCUGUGCCAGCUUGACAGCUGUUCAGGCUGGGCCUUGCCGACCGUCCACGACGCAGUCCACUGACGCCGCGGUCACUUCGUCAACCGAGUCUGCGUCUUCGACCGUGAUCUCGUCUGUCGACACUACGACCGAGCUAAGCUCGACUACUGAGAUCUCUUCGACAUCCGAGGUCUCUUCGACAACUGAGGUCUCUACCUCUGCUUCGACAUCAGAGCCAGCCACCACCACGACUACUGCCGUGGAGACUACAUCGUCGGCCUCUACAACUGAGGAGUCAACGACUACCACCGCGACGGCUUGCCCUACCCCGAUCUCUUGCAACAACCUCGGCUUCGACUGGGCCUACUACAGCAACCCGGCCCAGAACACCGAUACCACCUACUCGAGCUUUCAUCCCGCUUCGUUCAAGAGUGUAAACCCGCUUUACGUUGGUACCACGCCAUAUGUCGGAGGUCUCUACCAACCCACCUCCGAGAAUGCUCCUAGCCCCAUCUACGGCUCAUCGACAGACCUUAGCCUAGACUACUUCGCCCUGAACCACCACGGUUACAUCUAUGCCUGUGAAACAGGAACGUACCAGUUUAAUAUCCCUUACGCCAAUGACGCUGUUUACUUAUGGAUUGGUGCUGAGGCCUAUGCUGGCUGGUCUGAGGGUAAUGCCGAUGCUAAGGCUCGCUACAACCAGCCUGAUCACAUCGCUGGGUCGGCAUCCUUUAGUAUUGAUAUGCCCGCUGGCGCUUAUGUGCCCAUUCGGUUUGUCUACGGCCAAGCUCAGUACGGCGGCGGCUUCUACUUCACUAUCACGACCCCUAGCGGCCAAGUGAUUGUCAGCAACGAGGCGACUUCUAGCCCAUAUGUCGUUCGAUACUCGUGCGAUAAUAUUCUCGCACCUCGAUACCCGGCAUUCGGACAAGAGAUUUAA